CUGGAACGUGGGAGUUGUGGUCCUCCCCAGAUAAGGGGCCGCCCCACUUGCUCUACCCGGAUACAUCCUAAAGAGAGUAGACCCACGAGUAUCGUCUACAUACAUACGUACUCUACGUAUCUUGUGUGUGCAUACGGAGUACAAUACGCGUAUACAGCAUAGAAGAAGAUUCAUCAUCAUCCCUAUCAUCAUAACCAACCAACAUAAUGGCGCAAUUCUGGGAUUUACCAAGAGAACUCCGCGAUCUCAUUUACAUGGCCAUAUUGACGGCCGAAAGACCGCGACCCACCCUCGGGGAAGCACAAUGGCUAUUCAAGUUCCGCAGGAUCUUCGAGCCGUCCAGCCAUAUCAACGGCGAGUACGGAUGUGCCUACGCGCUGGAAGACGUACCACCGACCUGUGCCAGCUUCCUCUGCUGCAACCGACAGGUCCAAGCAGAAAUGAACGAGGCAAUCGAGAUGGCACGCAGGAAACAGCAAUUAGCCGCGCGAUUGGACUGCAUAGCAGAGGACGAGAGCUCGCACUACUUCACGUGGCUCAAGGUCCCGCUGGUGCAAACGACGGUCGGGGAGCCAGAAGGCAAGACGAGCAUCGGCCUGGAGUGGGCGGAUAGGAUCAUGGAGCGAUAUCUACAUUGUCCUCACCGCGUGCUGAGCAACCUAUGCCACAGCUGUCGAGCAUCAUCGACCACGAUCCCGCAGCUGCACAUCGACAUCCGCAUCUACGGAGACAGGUCCGGGAAGUGGUUCAGGAACACGACGCCCGCGGACCGCACGUCGUGGGCCAUCUGUGCGGCGCUCAAACGCAUCUUCGAGAAGGGGCCGGACUUUUCCAAUGUGAGGGAGCGUGGCUGCACAAUCGCCUUGGGGGAGUUGGUGCUGAACGUGGUGACGCCGCCGAAUGUGCCCAAGGAGAAAUACCUAGAUGAGGAUUUCCCACUCGACGGCGUCAAGGACGGGUUGGUGCAUCCAAAGACGGUGGCCAAGGAGCUGGUGGACGUGUGGAAUAAGAUUUGGUCCGGGGAUGAGUACAAGGGGAGCUUCUACCAGAUGCUGUUGCAAAGGAUCACUACUGUGAGAGUGUGUGUUGACGGGGAGACGUAUCGGGUACGGGAGCUGAGGCUGGAGUUGGAGAGAGGGCAAGCCGAGAGACGCAGGAUAGCCGCAAGAGUGGGAUGGUAAAUGCCAAUGGCAUGGAAGUAUCCAGGGCUAUUCACAGUGAGCAUGAGCCAUGAGUUUGACUCCAAUUGAGUAUGUGUACACCGAUCGUUGAAUGAUUAUUGAGUGUUUGCUGGUGUAAGUAAGAUGAUGAGGAAACGUGCAUAUUGUGUGAACGCAUGUGUUCGUGGGAGUCAUCUGCGGCGCCAGAGAUGCAUGCUAAUACUCGAGGGUUGUAUGGUUGUUUGUAAUGAUGUGAAUGUCAUCAUGC